AUGACUGGCAUAGAGGCGGCGGGUCUUGCACUUGCUGUUAUACCUCUUCUUGUUAACCAACUCGACUCCUAUGCCCUUGGCAUUGAAAAGAUCAAGAUUCUACGGCGCUACCGGCGGGAGUUUAGAGGCUAUUCGCUGGGACUGGAGACACAACGCGCGGUUUUGUUGAAUACACUGGAGAAUGCUCUCGAAGAUAUUGUUGACGACGAGGAAGAUAUAUCAAGACUCAUCAGCAACCCUCAGGGUGAAGAAUGGACAGAUGUGAAUUUGCGUACUCGUCUCCGCAGCAAACUGAGUCGAAACUACGAUGUGUUUCUGAAGAAUAUGACUGCCCUCUCGGAAUUGUUGGAAGACCUGUCUCAAAGGCUGCGAAUUGGGGGUAACGGCAAGAGUGCCAGCCCCGAUACCUGGGAUCUAUGGAAAUUCCGUAAAGUCCUCUGCAAGGCGGUUUAUGACGAUCUCUUAGCAAAGGUUGAUGCGGCAAAUACAACGCUGAAGCUCCUCGUGGACCAAAUAGACCACCGGGAAGCGAGGAAAAAGGGGGGCCAGCCCUGGAGUCCUCUUCUUCAACGUUAUCAACGGACACGCAUGCACGCAGAACGAUUACUUCGAACAAUUGUGGAGGGAAACUACUGGCGUUGUAGCUGUAUAGAACAACACUGUGUCCAACUCCAGCUCCAAACGAAUCCUCUUGAAAAUGCCAAAGACCAUUAUCACACCACUUCCCAGAGUCAUCUCCGAAUGGUAUUUUCCAACAAAAUGGCGACGCCCAGCUCUGAAAAUACAGACUGCCUGUGGUCCUGCGCGAAUGUGGUCUUCAAGCCUUCGCAGGUGCAAGAGGUUAAGGGAGCUAUUACUGCAUCUGUUCAAGUCCAGAAUAGGUCUAGAGUUCGUUUUGAUAACAGCACGCUCAUAGAGGAGCCAUUGGACAUCAAUCUUGAGCCCCCAUCUCUACCGCCGAUUCAGGAUUUUUGUUCUUCUUUGCACAAUCAUGAAACACACAUUGGUCUACAGGAAACCAUCGGGUUCAUUUGCAACCAGUUGGAUUCCUCUUCCCGAUUUACCAUGUAUGCAGUGAAAAGCCUUCCGGAGGAAGUUCUCCAGAAGCCUUUGCGGGAAGUCCUUUCGGGGAUCAGUCGGCGAGAUCGGCUUCAUAUUGCUGCCGGCCUAGCAUGUGGUGUGAUCCAGUUUUGCGGCAAUUGGCUCAAAGCGUCAUGGGAUAGCUCCGAUAUUUAUCUAGCCGCUGGUGAAGACGGCUCCAGCGUAUUGAUGGAGAACCUAUAUCUCUCAUGGCCUAUUCUUGCUCCCGGUACGAGAAGAGAGAAUUGCGAUUUUGCACGCUAUCCCGGUGUACGGAACAACCUUUUAUUGCCUCUAGGCCUCGCCUUGGUGGAACUCUCGCUAGGGAAAGACUUGAGCACGUUCUUUGCGCCGGAAGAUGAACAUCAGGACCCGCUGGUCACUAGAUUUAGGGCUGCAUCACGGCUUGUCACGCAUGUGUAUCUACAAAGUGGUGCACACUAUGCAGACGCCGUUCAUAGUUGUCUACACUGGCCCGGUGUGAGCUCACUAUGCAAUGAGGACGGAUUUACGGAAAGUGUUUUCGAAGGCAUUGUCUCUCCUAUAUUGAAGGAUUUCGUAAAUUUCGAGGGCCUCGCAUGA